UUUCAGCCCAAACUCAAUUUUGGACUCUGUUUUGCAGCAAGCCUCAGCCCAGACCAAAAAACAAUGUUCUCCAUCACCACCACGCUCCCAAGGCGACCCAGACUCAAAGCUUCAUUGCCUGUGGCUUUCUACUUCUAAUAUUAACACUGAAUUUCAAAUCUCUGCAACUCAAUUAUAGACUAUAGAGAAACAAAGCAAGAACAAAUGAUGGGUACCUCUGAACCAGACGAUUGCUCCUUUGUUUGGGACGAGAAUUCUCAGCUCUAUUUCCAUGCCAGUGGAUUUUACCAUGACCCAGUUGCUGGAUGGUACUAUAGUGGUAGAGAUGGGCUUUAUUACAAGUUUGAGAAUGGAAAUUAUGUGCUUAUGGAGUCUGAAAAGAGUGGUGAAGGUGAAAUUGAUCAGAACAAAGAAACUGGUUAUGAUAAUCCCAGUCAGGAUGAAACAUUUAGAUGUGGCAGCAAUGAAAAUUGCCAUGCAUUCCAGGGAGAUGAAUGUGAAGUUUACCAGUGUAUAGAGACUACUCCUGAUGAAAACAGGCUAGGCGACACAGAGUGCUCCAACAGUAGUGAACCUGAAAAUCCACCUCCUCCAUCGGAAUGGUUAGAAGAUACACUUAUUGAACUUUAUUUGUCUGGUUAUUCCAAGCCAGUAGUUACUGAUUCUGAUCAUGUGAUGAUGCCCUUGGAAACAGAUGAUGCACUGCCCGCUGAAGGGACCAGUGAUGCUUAUGAGCUGGAAGGAGAAUGGUGUCCAGAGAACCAUUGUGAUGUAACUAAUUCAAGUGGAAAUGUCUUAGAUGAAGGUGCGUCAUGGGAUGAAGAAAACUGGCGAGCACAGUAUGGUCAAGUCAUUAAAUCUGGGGAAGAGCCAAUGCCAGAAUUUGAAGUUGUGGAUUUAUGGGACUGGGAAAAGGUUACAGGGACCAGAAAGGAUGGAAAAGGUGAGGUGGUGAGGCUGGUUGGAAGAUUAGUGAGAAGGUCUGCCAAGUGUCAUCCGUCCAUGCCUUCGGGUGGUGGUCUCCUAAAAACUGCCCCAAUAUGUGAAGUACAUCUUGAUCUGGUACGAGUCACGUCAGGUCAAGUUUAUAAGUUGCGGACACCAAAUGCAAGAUACCUAGCUUCAUUGUCAACUUAUGAUUCUUCCAACCCAACAAAAGAUUGGGGAUUCCCUGAAUUAUUAGUAGAUAGUCACUCUCUCCCAUUCUCUAAAUCUAGUGGAAACCAUGUAUCAAAAACUGCAGAUGGAGUAUCCACCAGCAAAGAUUUGUCUACAUCACCAGAUAAUCUUUCCGCAUUUGGACAGCAGAGAAUCCAUGUGUAUAGGGACAGAGCUGCCGAGAGAAGAACCUUGCAUGGGGGUUUUGGAGUGGGCCCUGGACAAAAGAAUUCAAAGUUUGAUGAAGAUGAACAGUCAUCAUCAUAUGCUUCUGCCAAUACAGAAGAAGCUGCAGCCGAGGCCUUGAACUUGUCGUUUGGAGCUGGUAGUUAUGCCAGAAAACUUCUGAAAGGCAUGGGCUGGAAGGAGGGGGAGGGACUUGGCAGCACUACAAAGGGGAUGGUGGAACCAAUACAGGCAGUUGGAAACGUUGGUAAUGCUGGAUUGGGGUGGCCUCAGGGAAUAGCAAAGCACCAUUGAGAUAACAGGACAUAUCUAGCAUAUACAAGUGUAGUCCCAAUUGUUAAGCCUAUUACAAGCGUUUAGCUCUUUUUUUUUAGCUCUCUCUCUCUCUCUAGUUUAUAGAGGUCCUUUGCCAAAUCUGCUUAUUGUUCUCAAAUCUUUUUUUAAAUGAUGAAAUCCUACCAUAUUUUUCGGUGGUGUGGUAGUCUAUUUUAGUCUUGGUAAACAAUGCAUUCUUUUGUGGCAUACAUGCAUAAACAUUGCUCUCCUUUUCUAAUGGACAGGAAGAAAUCUACUUAA